ACCAAUAUGGCUGCUGUUGUCAAGAUAGGAGCUACCACCGGCGUCGGAACCGUUCCGACUCACCACCGCGUCACCAUGUCCGCCGCUCUCCCUCCUCUCCCUCACUCCCUCUUCUUCCUCCGCACUCUCCCCUCCCGCCCACGCGCCCUCCGCCUCCGCUCCACUCGCUCCCCUCACUCUCACUCUCUCCGCCUCCGCGCUUCCGCCGACGACUCUCCUCCUUCUUCAGCGCGAGAGGUGGAGAAUGUGGUGAUUGUUGGCUCAGGUCCGGCUGGAUUCACGGCGGCAAUCUACGCGGCGCGUGCGAAUUUGAAGCCGGUGGUGUUUGAGGGGUACCAGUCUGGCCCGGGAGGACAGUUGAUGACUACUACAGAAGUGGAGAACUUCCCGGGAUUCCCUGACGGAAUUACCGGUCCGGAUUUAAUGGACAAGAUGCGGCGGCAGGCUGAGCGGUGGGGAGCUGAGCUGUACCAGGAAGAUGUUGAGUCUAUUGAUGUCACUACCAGGCCCUUUACUGUGCAGAGCAGUGACCGUAAGGUCAAGUGCAACAGUCUGAUUUUUGCCACAGGGGCUACUGCAAAACGUCUUAGGAUACCCCGUGAAGAUGAAUUUUGGAGUAGGGGAAUCAGCGCUUGUGCAAUAUGUGAUGGAGCGUCGCCACUUUUUAAAGGGCAAGUGCUUGCUGUUGUAGGAGGGGGUGAUACAGCCACAGAAGAAGCUGUGUACCUUACCAAAUAUGCUCGACAUGUUCACUUACUUGUACGUAGAGAUCAACUGAGGGCUUCUAAAGCCAUGCAAGAUAGAGUGUACAACAACCCAAAUAUCACCGUGCACUUCAACACAGAGACUGUGGACAUUGUUAGCAAUACAAAGGGCCAGAUGUCAGGCGUAUUAAUUCGGAACCUUGAUACCAAGGAGGAAUCUGUGAUUGAAGCAAAGGGGUUAUUUUAUGGUAUAGGGCAUUCACCAAGUAGCCAGUUGUUGGAAGGUCAGGUUAAGCUUGACAGUUCUGGCUAUGUCAUAGUCGAGGAAGGAACUGCAACAACUUCUGUUGAAGGUGUAUUCGCUGCUGGAGACGUACAGGAUCGUGAGUGGAGGCAAGCUGUAACUGCUGCAGGUUCUGGAUGCAUUGCUGCACUAUCGGUUGAGAGAUAUCUUGUGGGCAAAAGUCUGAUUAUUGAGUUUCACCAGCCCCAAUCUGAAGAGGCUAAGAAGGAACUUACAGAAAGGGAUGUUCAGGAACAUUUUGACAUUACAAUUACAAAGCAUAAGGGCCAGUAUGCCCUGCGAAAAUUGUACCAUGAAAGUCCAAGGCUUAUAUGUGUACUAUAUACAGCACCAACAUGUGGUCCAUGCAGGACUCUGAAACCAAUACUUAGUAAGGUGAUAGAUGAAUUUGACAAAAAUGUACAUUUCGUUGAAAUUGAUAUUGAGGAAGAUCAAGAAAUAGCCGAAGCUGCAGGAAUUAUGGGUACACCAUGUGUUCAGUUUUUCAAAAACAAGGAGAUGAUCAGGACUGUAUCGGGAGUCAAGAUGAAGAGCGAGUAUAGAGAAUUCAUUGAAGCAAAUAAAUGAGAAGAUUCAAGGUACUUGCUUGCUGGAUAAUUGUCAUUUUGUAAUUCAAUUUUGUUCCUCCCAAAAGGGCUAGUUCAAUAAUACCUCCAUUUCCCACAUUGUUUAGGUAAUUGUAUCCUCAUCUGUUGUAAUUGUUGAUCAACAACACUAGAUCAUUGAUAUUAAUGCAGAGUUGCCAGUGCAACGUUACGGACUUAA